CACGUGAUUCUCGCCAACACAAAACCAUCUUCCUGAUGGGGGUUUGUUUACAUGCGGAGGAAGCUGCGCUACUUACUCCGUUAGCAAAACGUUUUCCACUCAGCUAACGUUAUAGGCCCACCGCCAUGGGGAAGUCGUUCGCUAAUUUUAUGUGCAAAAAGGAUUUUCAUCCUGCAUCAAAGUCAAAUAUCAAAAAGGUAUGGAUAGCAGAACAGAAGCUGACGUUCGAGAAGAAGAAGCAAGAAGACCUGAUGCAGGCAUAUGUGAAAGAGCAGGAAACAUACAACAACAGGUUGUUGAUGGGAGAUGAUCGUGUUAAAAAUGGCCUCAAUUUCAUGUAUGAGGCUCCACCCGGAGCAUCCAAAGAGGAAAAGAAAGAGGAUGGUGAGGAAGAGUACAAAUUUGAGUGGCAGAAAGUGGCUCCUAGAGAGAAGUAUGCAAAGGAUGACAUGAAUAUUAGAGAUCAGCCAUUUGGAAUCCAGGUACGCAACGUGAGGUGCAUCAAAUGCCACAAAUGGGGCCAUGUGAAUACAGACAGAGAGUGCCCUCUUUUUGGACUGUCGGGUAUCAAUGCCAGCUCUAUGGCCUCAGAGGAGGGAGCAGGUCCGUCGAUGCACCCCUCGGAGUUAAUGGCGGAGAUGCGAAACAGUGGGUUUGCUCUGAAAAAAUGUGUCCUUGGUAGGAAUUCUACUGUUUGUGAUCCAUUGCAGGAUUUUGUUGCCAGUGAAGAGGAGGAAGAUCCGGAAGUGGAAUUUCUGAAAUCUUUAACAACUAAGCAAAAACAGAAACUCCUCAGAAAACUGGAUCGGCUAGAAAAGCAAAAGGCAAAGAAAAAGAAGAGCAAAAAACAAAAGAAGAAGAGCAAAAGAAAACACAAGAAAAAACAUGAAAGUAGCGACAGCUCGAGUGACUCCUCCAAUAGCAGCAGCAGCAGCGAUAGUGGCUCAGAUUCAGACAGUCAUAGCAAGUCCAAGAGCCAGAAGAGAAAGAAGAACAAGAAAAGAGAUUCCUGUCGGGAUAACAGCUCUGAGACCGAGCGACAAGUCAAGAGUCAGAGAAAGGCCUCUUCUCACAGGAGCAGGUCACCGAGCCCUCGCACUAGACAGAAGCAGGCUAAAGAGGAGUCUGGAGAUUAUAGACAAACAAGGAUAGAGAGGGGAAGGAGCAGGAGUCGGAAUCGCAGCCCCCAGAACAGGAUCACACUGGAGGGAGGUCAAGAGAGAAAGAGGCACAACAGCAGGGACAGGCAGAGACCUACCAGCUCCAAGUCUGGCUUAGGCAGAAGUAGAAGCCGCGAGAGAGGCAGGGAGGACGAAGGUAAAGACAGACGUCACAGUAGAGAUGGUGAGAGGAACAGAAGUAGCACAGAAGGAAGGAAAGGCAGAACAGCAGAUGGGAGGAGCAGAAGUAGAGAAAGGAGAAAAGAAAGGGAGGGCAGAGGAAGGAGUGGGAGUAGGGAGAGACGAGAGAGAAGCGGAGACAGAACGAAAAGAAGACACUGACCUUUUUUUUGUUUUUGUUUUAAUUUUCGAAGUUGUUUAUAGUACCAGGGUAAAAAAUUUAAAUAUCACGCAUGUCUCUUGUUCUAUCUGUUGAGUAUUGAUUUUUGGUAUACCUGUAGGUUCCCCCUUGAUUUAAAUUAAAUUGCAGAAAUUGUGCAUGGAUCCUCUUUUCUUCCAGCAGAGGGAAGCAGUCAACAGAAAAUAUCUAGAUGCAUGUCAGUGCACACUGAUACUGUUUUGCACUGUAUGAAGGGGUCUAAAUGAAUUGGUUACCAUUGAAAGCAGUUUGCAGCUGAUCUAUUGAUGGAAAAUUGUUGGAUUCCUUUUCAUGGUCACUUACCCACAAAAAAAAAAAGGUCAUCUGAUGCAAUUUUUUUUCUUACUUUUAUGAUUGUGUUUUUUGUUUUGGUUUUUAAAUGAAAACCAGGACUGUUAUUUUCUGAUUAAAAUGUUA